AUGGCAAGUCGUAUAGUAACAUUUGUUUCAUGUACAUUAUAUCUGUUUUUCCUUGUUAUUAUUACUAUUAUUGGUUUAGCUUCAUUCAUUAUCGGAAUUAUUGGUGUUAGUCGAUUUAUAUCAACACAUGUUGCUUGGACAGCACAUAAACAUGUUACAUGUCUUAUUGUUGAUGUUGACUAUGAUUCAUGUCAAGAUUCAUGUUAUUAUGUUAUGUGGUCAGUUGUGUAUCAUGUUUCAAAAUUUAAUAAAUAUACAUUUUCAACAAUAACACAAACAUAUGACACAUUAGAUGUAGCAUUAAAGAAAAUAGCUAUUUAUAAUGUACGAACUAAUCAUACAUGUUAUUAUCAUAAAAAACAAAUUGUUAAUACUCAUUAUGUUCAAUCGCCGUUAGCUGAAUAUGUUGAAUCAAAUCUUCAUUUUACGUAUUAUUUUCCAUCAAUAUCAGCUAAUGCUAUAUCAAUAUUUCAUUGUUGUUUAUCAUUAAUUUCAAUAAAAUUUUUUUCAAGUGGAUCAUUAUUUCGACGUCGAAUUGGUGUUUUAAUUUUUGAAUGUCGUUCUUUUCUUGAUUGUCUUGAUGGUGUUAUUUUUCGUGCACAUGCAAAAAAUUCACAUUAUAAAUCAUAUCAUGGUGGCUUAGGUUUUUAUGUUGAUGCUCUAAGUGAUGUAUUAGGUGGAACAUGUCUUAUUAUUGGAUGUUUACUUUAUUUUUAUAAACAACGACCAUUUCGAUCAAUAACACAACAAGUCAGUCGAUCAUUAUCAACACGUUUAAGUCGAUCGAGUGAUACUGAAAAUGAGGAAAUAGAUUUGAUCAUAUUAAAUAUUGAUGAUGAACAAAAAAUACCAUCAAUUAAUGAUAUAAAUACUAAUUUACUAGAAACAAAAGGAAGAAUAUUUAUUUAUUUAGGUCUUUUUACUAUACGAUAUUCAUUAGCAGCAAUAUUUUGGGAUAGAAAUGUACAAGCAUAUGAAGAUUUACUAGACUCAUAUAAAGAUAAAUCACAACAACAAACAUUACAAUUAACAAUUCUUCAUUCACCAUUAACUAUACUAAUAUUUUAUUUAUGGAGAUAUUUAUGCGCAUUAAGUAUUCAAGAUUAUCUUCUAAUUGCUAUUUUCUUUGAUCGAACAUGGGAAUUUAUACAAAAAACAAAUAUGCUUGGUUGGAUCUCUUUAUUAAUAACAAUAUUUUUCACGGAAUUACAUGUUAAUCAAAUUCGAUCAUUAUAUUAUAUUUUAUGA